ACUAACUGAUCAUUGAUGCUGAAGACUCUCUUAUUGGGCGAUCACAGAUAAUGAUUGCUAAUCUGUAAUCCUAUGAUCUUGAUUCCAUGCAAUGGAUAUAGGUAUUCAUAAUUAAUUACUUCUGCCUUGUUCGUAUCUAUGCUACAUUGCAUGUCCUCUAUCAUACAGCUAUCAGCCGCAAAAUCUGUAUUUAAAAAGUGUUCGUCUUCAAAAACCUGUGGAGUGAGAAAGAGAGAAAAGGGAAAAAAAUUAAAGAAGCCUGCCUAAAGAUACCGGUAGUUGAAUGCCUUCUCCAUAAAAUAGAUUACAAGCUUUGUUCUUGUUGGUCAUUAUGGCUGAGUGUCUCAUGUUAAGUCCAGAAAGCUCAUGCUGAUCGAGAAGGAGGAGAGAAAAAAAGCCUGAUGUGGAUAGGUAUCUGUUGGAUUUGAGUGGUAAAGCUAUAAGAUGGCCAACCAUUUCUACCAUAUUUGUGACUAUACAGUUCAUGCUGAAUUGGAUUAAUUAUCAACUGUUAACUGUGGUAGAAAAAAGAUCACAUUUCUCAACAGUUUGUAAAUUAAGAAGUGCAGCAUGAUGUUGAGCCAAUUUAAAAGAGUGCUGUAGAAACGGUUCACUAGUGAAAGAAUUUGGUCAGUGAAAAAAUAUCCUGGAGAAGUUGAUUUAAAAAUUAGUGAAAGUUGUAACAUGCUGUUGAGAUAUAUAGACAUUACUUGAUUGAAAAACUUACCAUUAUCAAAAGACUCAGGAGGGAUAUUGAUUUAGCUCGUAGAGGCACGUACAUUAUUCCCUCAUUAUCUACACUGCUGGAGAAAAUUGUCAUAGUUCAAUUAUUUCAUAAAUAUUUGAUCACUGUUCCUUUAUUUUUUUUCUUUUCAAUGAAAAGGUUGUAUGUAUGUAUAUAUAUAUAUGUAUUCCUUGUGAAGGAAUGGCUUUCUGGAGAGACAUCGAUCAUCACAGAAUGAGAUCCAGCAGGGAAAAACACCAUUACAUGCACUGCUUGGUGCAAAUUAAUUCAUCAAAAAGUGCCCAAAUAUCGCCUUCUUAAUGGAAAUUUUUACCAGAUUGUGGGGGAACUGAUUCCUAGUACUUUUAGUGAAAGUGGUGGUGAUAUUUAUUUUUUUUUUGGUCGGCUCUGAGGAAAUACAAAAAUAUAAGCACACCGAAAACAUAUGGACUUGGUGGACCAUAUAAGUUUUUCAAUUUGAAUUUGUUGACAUUAGUGAUUUACUGUGUGUGAAGUGAAUUUUUAUGAAAGUUCGAAGACCAGGGAUAAUGGUACUGGAUUGGUUCUCAAACCUGCCCAGUCUUCAAUUUAUUUCCCCACCCCCCUGUAGCUGUUCGGAGCACUUGCAUUACUCCCUCGGAGGUCCAUUCAGCGUAGUCAAGCGAUGCAUUCACCGGGAGACAAAGCAGCAGUUUGCUGUGAAGAUUGUAGAUGUUGCCAAAUUCACCUCAAGUCCUGGCCUCAGUACAGAGGACCUGAAGAGGGAAGCCAGUAUAUGCCACAUGCUGAAGCAUCCUCACAUUGUGGAACUACUGGAAACCUACAGCUCAGAUGGCAUGCUGUACAUGGUGUUUGAAUAUAUGGAUGGAGCUGAUCUGUGCUUUGAGAUUGUCAAGAGAGCCUCAAUGGGCUUUGUUUACAGUGAAGCUGUGGCUAGCCAUUACCUGAGACAAAUCUUGGAUGCGUUGAGAUACUGCCAUACCAAUGACAUCAUUCACAGAGACCUCAAGCCCCACUGCGUGUUGCUUGCGAGCAAGGAGAACUCCGCCCCCGUCAAACUCGGGGGGUUCGGUGUGGCCACUCAGGUUCCUGAGGGUGGCCUGAUUUCUGGAGAUGAGGAAAUAAUGCAUGGGUUGGAACCCUGGUUUGAUCUGAGAAAUGAUGUAGUCGGUCGUAUCGGUACGCCGCAGUACAUGGCCCCUGAGGUGGUGCAGCGGCAGCCCUACGGUAAACCAGUGGACAUGUGGGGCUGUGGUGUGAUGCUGUUCAUCCUCCUGGGAGGCUACCCACCGUUCGUCGGCACCAAGGACCACCUGUUUGAACAAAUUGUCAAAGGCAGCUAUCAUAUGAGAAAACAAUGGCUCAAUAUAUCUAACUAUGCAAAAGAUUUAGUCAGCCGGAUGCUGGAGGUGGAUCCAGAGAAACGGAUAACAGUGGAGGAAGCUUUACAACAUCCGUGGGUCAAGGAAAGAGGAAAAAUCCCCAAAGUUCAUCUGCAGGAAACGGUAGAAGAACUGAAGAAAUUUAAUUCCAGGCGGAAAUUGAAGGGUGCAAUCAUGGCAGCAGUGUCGAGUUCCAAGUGGAAUACAUUUUACAAUGAUCCUGUGGUUCCGGAUAUAAAUGAAGAGGAGGUAACUUCUGCUGGAGCUGUGUCCCAGGUGCUGGACUCGCUGGAAGAGAUGCAGUGUCUGACCGACUGUACCGGCGAGGAGAAGGACCUGAUAGAGAAAGUCUUCCAAGAUACCAAGCUCCACGCCCUCCUACUGUUGUAUGACAAGAUCAACACCCAGACAGCCGCUCCUGUCCAACCGCCACCUUCUGAUGCUGUGGAUAGAGCUAGAGAGGUUCACAAUGAUAUGAAGAGAUGUCCUCAAGAAUACAUGACAGUCUGCCAGGAGCUGGAACAAAUUCUGACCAAACCCCACGUAAUGGCCUUAUUACAAGCACAUGAUGUAGUAGCUCACGAGGUGUAUAGUGAAGAUGCAGUGCGAGUCACUCCGCCUCCGAUUCAGACAUUUGUCAACAUAAACGGUGAUACCUCACAACCUCCCAGUCCAGAAGUCGAGAUGGAUCCCGGGUGUAAAAUCAAUCGAGUCCGACUCGUUCAGUUCCACAAAAACAAGGAUGAGCCUAUGGGAAUUACUCUAAAGGUCAAUGAUAUUGGUCAAUGUAAGGUGGCUCGGAUAAUGCAUGGAGGAAUGAUCCACAGACAAGGAACUCUUCACGUUGGAGAUGAAAUCAAAGAAAUUAACGAGGUCAGCGUGGUCAACCAGACAGUGGAUAACCUGCAGAAAAUGCUGAAAUCAUUAAGUGGCAAUGUUACCUUCAAAAUUGUUCCUCAGCCAUCGGGCAACAUUCAUAAAGAACGGAACGAGAACGGAACCCACAAAGAGAUCUUUGUGAGGGCGCUUUUUGAUUACAACCCUGAGGAUGAUGAUAUGAUUCCCUGUCCCCAGGCCGGGGUGUCCUUCAGAGUGGGGGACGUGUUACGGAUAAUAAACAAAGAGGACUCCAAUUGGUGGCAGGCCAAGUUAUGGGGGGUGGGCCCCACCACCCCCGCUGGUCUCAUUCCCUCCCCCGAACUACAGGAGUGGCGGACCUCCCAGUCCUCACGGGAGAAGGCACGCCAUGAACACGCAGCCCACUGUUCAUGGUUUGGGAGGAAGAAGAAAGAUAAAUACUUGGCCAAACACAACUCUAUUUUUGACCAAUUAGAUCUCAAUACAUACGAGGAAGUCGUGAGUCUCCCAGCCUUUAUGAGGAAGACCCUGGUAUUAUUAGGGGCCCAUGGUGUCGGGCGGAGGCAUAUUAAGAACACCCUCAUCACGAGUCAUCCAGAUAGAUUUGCUUAUCCCAUUCCACAUACGACGCGGCCGCCUCGAGAAGGGGAAAUGAAUGGAAAGAACUAUUACUUCGUUGGACAGGAAGAAAUGAUGAAAGACAUUGCUGCCAAUGAGUAUUUGGAGUAUGGAACGCACGAGGAAGCCAUGUAUGGAACCAAGUUAGAAACAAUCCGCCAGAUUCAUUCCAAAGGUCUCAUAGCUAUUCUGGAUGUGGAACCACAGCUCAACACUUGGGCUAUCCGUGUACUGCGGAAUGGGGAGUACGCCCCUUACAUAGUAUUCAUUGCAGCUCCAACUAUAGCCACCCUGCAGGAGGACAUUAGUUUGGAAAGAUUAGCUACAGAGAGUGAGCUCCUGGAGAAAGCUUAUGGACACUAUUUUGACUUGAAAAUUGUGAACAAUGAUAUUGAUGAAACUAUCAGGAAAUUGGAGCAGGCAAUUGACCAAGUCAGUACCACAUCCCAGUGGGUGCCUGUCAGUUGGGUGUAUUGAGAAGUCUGUGAUGGACGGCUGGAAAAAAAACUUAUUGGCCCUAAAAAGGCAUGCAUGUUCACGUGUAUCAGAUGGUGGCCCUGCUGAGGACUAAGGAAGAGGAGGAGAAGGCCAAAGUGUAUUAUGGGAGAUAGUUGUUGCUCCAUCACAUUUAUCACUAACUCAUGUGUUCUCUGUCCACAAACAGAUUCAGAUAAUGGAAUUUCUAAACUCACCUUUAAACUGUAACUUGUUAGGUUUUUUUUUUUAAACCUAACUGUAUAUGUUUUGCAUCAGCAUAUUAUGUAUAGAAGAUGCAAAGAAUGAGGUUAUAUAGUGUACACAAUUAUAGACUGUGAUGUUGAACCUUAUAAAAGGAAAAAUAUUUAAUGUCAAAUUCUUUUUAUGAAUAAGAUAUGGCAUAAUCAUACUCAUAGUUGUAACUGAUGAGACCAGUAGGUUGAAUAGUUUUAUAAGUACAGAAACACUAUAGGUUGGUGGAGUGCUUUAAAUCUUGGUUAUAACAUAAAGGUUAAUAACAACUUUCGAUAUGUAUGUUACUAAUUGAUAGUAAAACCUUUAAAGACUACAGUGUAAGAAUGGGUUGCAAAUGUGUAAUAUACCAGCAUAUAUAAUAUGAAUACCUGAAACUGGGAAGACUUAAAAGGGUAUAGAGAUCUUGUCUCAGAUUAUGUGUAUGUAACAAAGGUUAAAAUUUUAUUUCUUUUUUUGUGUGCAAUUUAUAUCAUUUGCCUAUUUGUAUUUUCAUUUUUAUUUUAUAUCAAUCAAGUAUUAAAUAUUAUUGCCAACAUUAAUCAAAUUUGUUGAAAGAGAAAGAGCUGGUAUUUAGUUGUAUGGUUAUAUUACUUUAUUUAGAUGGUGCUUAUCAAUUUGUUGUUGAAUUUGACCAAAUGCUCUCAAGUGCUGAUCUUAUUCUGUUGGAUUUUUUUUGUCAUCAUAUAUAUGUUAUCAAUGUAAACAUUAAAAGUGGAUGUUAACAAUGGAACAUACUAACAAUAUGGUUUUACUCACUAUAUUAUUUAUACAAUAUACAAUCAAUCAAACCUUGAUAUCUUGAGCUUUAUUUGAUGAGCAGAAAAACUUUUAUGUAUUUGAGGAUUCCAGAUAGUAGGGGUUAAUAACUAGACAGUGUUAAGAGACAGUGAUUCGGACUUCAACAUCACUUCAGUAUACACAUGGUUUUCGGGAUAUCUAUGUUAGAUAUACUCAAUUUCAACUGUAGAUAUUUAUGUAGAAAUGGUAUUAGUAUCUUCUUGCACUGUUUGCACCACUAGGGGCCGGGUUUUCUCAGAAAAAAAGUUGUAGAGGAGUGAUAAAUAGAGAAAUUUAUUCAUACCAUUGUUUUAAAGAUUUAUUUGUGAAUGUUUUUCAAUAUUUAUUGCAAAUAAUUUUCAAGAAAUAAUGAUGUCGGAUGAAUAUAUACUGUUAGCGAACAACUGAUAGAGAAAAAAUGUGUGAAUGAUGAAAGUUAUGUGUAUUUAUUAUUAAAGUAUCUGAACACUGAAUGCACGUUCUGUAAAAUUAAGAAAAUAUCAGAUUAAAUGGAUUUAUGACUAAUAGCAUAAAUUCACACAAUUAGAUUGCAAUACAUGUUUAUGUAACAGAGUGAAUUGUUAAAUGCAAGUAAAAUAUAUUGUUAAGUGUCAUAUUGUUCCCACUUGGACACUGAUCUGGCGUUACUUGUAUGAAUCAUGAUUAUCAUUUCUUCAUUAAGAUAAAUCCUCAUUUUCUUUCCAAACUUUAUAAAAUGACGCAUUCAGUUAAAAAAUUUUGACAGGUACUGUUUGUAUGAUGAUGAUUUAUUGAAGAUUUUUACAUAGAGUUUUCUUUAUAUUAAGAUUAAUUGCGAUUGGUAUAUGGUAUUUAUGAGGACACAGAUUGUAGUAAUGAAGACAGACUCCAGCUAGUCUUAAUCUUAAUUCUCUGUUAGUUGGUUGUUCUUUUCUUCGAUCAUCACAGUAUUGCAGUUGCAGUGUAUAUUGACAAGUAAAUAGGUCAUGAGUCUGUUCGAUAGGAAAUUCUUUGAAUUGAAGUCGUCUUUUUUUUUCUUUGCCCACAAAAUCUUGCAGUGAAGUUAGUAAAGGCAUAUAAAGACUGCUAGGUUGUUCUUAUUUCAUCUCUAAAUAAUGAGCAUUAUUUAUUUCAACACAGUUGAAUUUAAUUUUUUUUCAUCAAUAACAACUUUUUUUUUCCUUUGUCAUACCAUAACGUUAUAUGCCAUAAAUAAUUAUAUUUUACCUGAUUUAGCACAUUGAUUAUUUAGUUAUAUUAUAGAGACUUUUAUUUUAUUUCUGUUAUGAGGGAUUUAAAUGUUUAGUAUACUAAUGGUUGUAUGUCUUUUAAGUUCUUAUUGAUGACAGCAGAUUAUGUAUACAUGUAUUAAUUAUUCUAAUGAGGAAUGAAAUUCAAAUUGUAUUAUAUACAAAUGUUACUGGUACAAAUAAAAUCACAGAAUCUUG